AAUAUGUUGAAAUGUAUGAACUUAACCAUGGUUACCAGAAGGGAACUAACAUUAAAAAGAAAGAACAUAAGGCAUUCACUCAACAAAGAACAGCAGAGAUGAAUUAUACUGAACUUGAAUGCAAGAAUAGAACGGUAAAAGAUGAUAGUUAUCUGGAUUGGUCAGAAGAAUUUGUAUAUAAUAAUGAUGAGGAUGGAACCAAUGACCUUGGGCAACAUUAA